AUGAGCUCCUCGCUCUCACCCGGAAAGGUGUUACUUCUUGCCGCCCACUAUGCAACACACGGCGAUAUUGAGAGCUUGGCCCGCCUGUCCAGUCAGCGAGCCAAAGUGCUGCAUAAAGAGCUACUGUUGAGGAUUAUUCUUACUUACUUGCCUGAAACUGUGAAGCCUUCUGUCUAUGUUGGCUUCUUACUCGCACUCGCUGGAGAUCAUCUUGAGGAGUACAAUGAGGGCGAAUUGGACACAACUCCUGUUGACGACUUGUCCGAAGAUGAAGCUUCCAAGAAGGCAAGAAAGCUACACCUGCAGCAACUUACGUCUGCCGAUGCUCCAGUCAGCUUCCAAGACGAUCCGAUAACCAAAUUCCUUAUCCAGAGGUCAUAUAAGAUGGAUAGCGAAACUGGCCUUCUCUCACAAGUUCCAAGUUUACUGGCCAUAUUUCAAUCCCGUUCACCGGAACUAUCAUCCUGGGUUACGUCGACAGUGCUUCCGUAUGUAAGGAGAAACGUGGAGUAUUAUAGAGAUGAGAUUCCUCCACACUCUCUUCUCGACUUUCAAAAGCUCUCGGAUCCAGCCGCCAUGCUGUAUUUACUGUCACGGACUGGAAGUCGCGAGGAGGAUAUAGCCUUCAUCGGCCGUGAUAUUAGAGGCUUGGUUGGGCCAUGGCUCCAAGGGAAGUCCCGGUGGACGACCAAACUCACCAGUGGCGAGCAUACCGCCAAGGACGCGGGACCGCCAUUGUCUGCUGGGUGGGAGCAAUUUCUCGAAUGGCUUGUGAGCCAAGCAACUUCUUCGUGGCCCGUCGUCGUCGCCUUAACCGAGCAAUGGGGAGGGCCCGCGGACCUGGAUCUAGGGGAGGCGGCCGGCUUGGAAUUCACAGAGUCUCAGCAACAGUAUUUACUACGCAGCUAUGCACGAGCGAUACUUGCGUCAGCAUACCUAGUAUCUGAAGCCACGGUCGGAGCACUUCCAGGCGCCUAUCAGAUGGCAAUCAAGAUGAGACGGAUGCUAGGCUAUAGUGAGGUUCCUCCCACACUGGAGAUGGCCAUCUCUGUACUACCCAGCCUGUCGGGGUUUGAUGUGUCCUCACUCAUUGGCAUGAAGACUGCGACAUAUAUGAGGAACGAUCUACUUGAAGAAAAGAAUCCAUUAACUUCUCCUACAGAGGGAGCAAUGACUUUGUUAAUAGCAUUGAUACUGAGUGCCUUUAUCUGUACCAGCUUGGGUGUACCUUGCUCUGUUAGAAAAGCCGGAGACUUGGCCUUUAUUCAGGAUCUUCGUGAGCAAAAAGGAGAAAUCGCCAAGCUUAUUCGGAGCGCGUCCACGCAAGUACAGGGAGACGAAGAUAGGCAUUGGUCACAAGUAAGGGAUCGGUUGCUAUGGUUGAACAAUUGGGGUUCUGAUGAGGAUCGGCCUGGCAAUUCUGAAGCUAUAAGAGGCAUUAUCGGAAACGUUCCCAAGGAUUUCAUCGAAAUGGAGAUUCUAAAAGCUCUUCUCUCCAACUCACGCUAUACCCUUGCUAAAAGCAUCUACGAAGACAGUCCGGAGAAGCCUCUUGCCGCGGAAAUCAUACAGGACACAGUAUACCAAGCAGCCUUGCGUGCUUUUGAUAAUGCUUCCAACCCCAAUCGGUCAAGAGGAGGGUUGAAGAAGUGUGAUGAGAUCAUUCACUCAUUUCCAAAAACAUUAACCAAUACACACCCAGCUACCAAACGGGUGGAGGCCCUAUUACGAUGCACGCAUGCCUUGAGUGAGUACCGACUUACGCUUAAGCAGGGCGAGCCGUUUAAGCCUGUAGUCCUUCGAGUUCACUCCGAUCCAGUAUCGAUAAUCGACAAGGUUCUGGAGCAAAACCCAAAGGCAUACACCCGUCUCCCUGAGUUCUUGGAGAUGGCAGCGAAUAUGGUGCGCGCCGGCAUCACACAACAAGCCCGCUCCAUCAAGUUUGACUCAACGACGGGAGACAACAGCAAGGAGCUUAGCCGGGCAGAGAAAUUCAUUACGGCCCAGUGUAUAGAAGCUGCGCUGAGGGAAGACGAUUUCGAGACAGCAUACUCUUAUGUGGUUAGUCGUCUGGAAACAACCGCCCCCCACGGAACCCAAGCGCCCGCAAACGAAGAAGACGAAUGGUCCUGGAAGGCUGCCCUGAAAGCCGGGCAGUACAUUCGCACCGAGCGCACCCUGCUGCCAACACACCUUGGCAUCGCAAGCGGCAAUCCCGAGAUCCGCCACCUGGAACAGCGCAUCGAGUGCCUGGCCACUGCGCUGCGUGUCGCGCCCACCUCCCAGCUCCAGGAAAUCCUCAAAACGUUCCGGCGUUGCGAGGAGCAGCUGGACUCUGCCAUCAGCGAGGAGGCCGCCGCUGAAGCUUCUUGGGCCGCCGCCGGAGAGGUCCCUGGCGCUUUCGAGUCGUCUACGCCUCAUAAUCCGCACUCGACACGGAAUAUGACGGCCACCGCUGCGGCCAAACAGGCGGAGGAGGCCCCAAUGUCCCUGUUUGACCUAUCGCGGGCAACCGCCAGCGUGGCACAGCGAAACUUCACAAGGCUGUCCAGCCUGUCGUCGCUCGCCACUUCGACACCCUCGGCGCCAUCACCAACUGGAGAACAGGCGCCACAGCGGCUACGGAAGAGGGACCAGCUGAGAGAGGCCGCCACUGGCACGCUCGUCUCUGGAGUAGGCUGGCUGAUUGGGGCAAGCGUUAAUCGAGAACAAACAGAGUCUUGA